UGUUGUGUUGAACAUGAAGGAGGUUUCCAGAAUUAGCAUUCAUCUGCAACUUUUGGGGUUGUUAUUUGCUGUUAAUGGCUUCCUCCUCCAUUGCCAAGCUUGGCCAGCUCGUUACACUUUUGUGGUGGAAGACACUCCAUACACAAGACUCUGCAGCACAAAGAACAUCCUGACUGUAAACGGCCAGUUUCCGGGACCGACGUUGUACGUUCACAAAGGACACACUAUCAGCGUCGAAGUCAUUAACAGAGGCAGUCGUAACAUCACUCUCCACUGGCAUGGCGUUGCGCAACCAAGGAAUCCAUGGUCGGACGGACCGGAUUAUAUCACGCAGUGUCCUAUUCAGCCAGGAGCCAAGUUCACCCAGAAGAUCAUCUUCUCGACAGAGGAAGGCACCCUUUGGUGGCAUGCUCACAGCGAGUGGGAUCGAGCCACUGUCCACGGUGCCAUCAUCAUAUAUCCCUCGAAGAAGAGCAAGUACCCUUUCCCCAAGCCUCAUGCAGAAAUUCCGAUCAUAUUGGGAGAGUGGUGGAAGGAAGAUAUAGGGAAGCUUUAUACUCGAACUAUUCAAACCGGAGGGGACCCUAAUAUCUCCGACGCUUACCUCAUCAAUGGCCAACCUGGUGAUCUUUAUCCAUGCUCUAAAUCAGACACGUUCAAGGUGACGGUUGACUAUGGCAAAACCUACCUACUGAGACUAAUCAACUCUGCUGUGCAAGAGAUACUGUUUUUCGCCAUCGCCAAUCACAAAGUCACAGUUGUAGGCACAGAUGCUAGCUACACCAAGCCUUUCACAACCGAUUAUGUCACAAUCUCACCUGGCCAAACCAUGGAUCUUUUGCUCCAUGCUAAUCAGAGCCCUAACCACUACUACAUGGCUGCUACAGCCUAUGUUGGUGGCGCCGUUCCUUAUGAUAACACCACCACCAGAGCCCUUCUACAAUACACGAAUCGGGGAACGAAAGGAAACUAUACCCCUUCUUCAAUACCUUUGCUUCCUAAUCUUCCUGCCCACAAUGACACUAAUGCAUCAGUUCAUUUCAGUGGUAGUCUAAGGAGCUUGGCUGAUAAAAACCACCCCAUUGAUGUUCCACUGAAGAUUACAAAUCACUUGUUUUUUACAGUCUCCGUCAACACGUUUGCAUGCCCCAAUAAUUCCUGCGCCGGGCCUAAUGGGACGCGCCUGGCCGCUAGUGUGAACAACAUUAGCUUUGUGAACCCUAGCAUUGACAUACUACAAGCUUACUAUUACCAUGUCAACGGGGCAUUUGGAACUCGGUUUCCAAAAACCCCGCCUUUGCUGUUUAACUUCACAGCGCAGGACUUGCCGCUGUACCUUCAGACCCCAAAACGAGGGACAGAGGUGAAGGUACUGGAAUACGACGCAACGGUGGAGCUUGUGUUUCAGGGGACUAAUUUGGUUGCAGGGGAUGAUCAUCCAAUGCAUCUUCAUGGUUUCAGUUUCUAUGUAGUUGGAAUGGGGCUCGGGAACUUUGACAAGGAUAAGGACCCUCUGACGUACAAUCUUGUUGAUCCUCCUCUUCGAAACACCAUUGCUGUCCCUGUAAAUGGGUGGACUACCAUCAGAUUUAAGGCUGACAAUCCUGGAGUUUGGUUUAUGCAUUGUCAUCUGGAUAGGCAUAUGUCAUGGGGCAUGGAUAUGACAUUCAUAGUGAAAAAUGGGAAGGACCCUAAAGCACACAUCUUACCUCCACCACCAGAUAUGCCACCUUGCUAGAUAUGCCACCUUGCUAAGGCUAAAGCUGAAUGCUGGCUCUCCCCAUAUAAUCUGAUUCUAUUGAAUAAAUUUGGGUGUGCAACUACUUGUUGUACUUUCUACAUAAUUAAGCAGAUAUAGAAAUUUAGUUAUUUGGUUCAGCCUAAUAUGUUCCAAUAAGUAAGCAUAGCGUUUCUAGUAAUUGUAAGCAGAUAGUUCUAGGGAAAUGAGUUACAUGAAGAACAGAAGAAGAUUGCUAGCUUUAGUAUUGACUGCUUUGUCCCAUUGGGUUUCCCAGCAUACUAUAUCCAGGAAAUUUAAAAAAACUUUGCAUAAACCUUCGCAUUAUUAGAAGUAAAAGUAGAGAAAUAGAAAAACAAGAAAGGAAAAUGACAAUUAAAGUAGCUAGCUAGCUACCAAUCGUUCACCCUAUCAAUUGGCCAUUGCCCUAUUUUCUAAUUUACCAUCAAGUACCACUCUCUGUCAAAUACUAUGAACUGUAAGAUUCCGACUGGCCUAUUCCUUUACCCUCCAGCCGAUUCUUCCAUUAUGAGCCUUUCUUGGUUAUACAACUCAAGGUGUCUCUGUGCAAGCUCUGAUUUCUUCCAUAACUUGUGGUGCCAGAAUCCAAAAUAGGCCAAUUUGUAAUUUAUGCGACAAAAGGAAAUGAGAAGUUAUGAUUGUUCUUUUUUAUUGAUUGACUUAUGUAUGUUGGAAAUGGGGACACCACCAGGACUGCUUGGUUGAGAAUGCAGAUAAGCAAGACCUGCUGAUAUCUCUAUAAGGAUGCCAAUAAGGCAACAAGGCACGGAAAUCUUCCUGUUUUUUUUACCAGAAACCGAAAAUGAAGCUCUAGUCUCGAACAGUAGCUAGUCCAACAACUUGAUCACCUUUUGAUUGUUGAUUUGGGCAAGAGUGAUAACCUCAUUUAUAAAUCACUCGAUUUGGCCCUCCUCCACACUUUUGCAUACUUGAUAGCCUCAUGUUCUGGAAGCCUUUUCUUCACAGGCAACCGAACACACAACAUAAAACAUACAUGUUUUAUUGAUACUAGCCUUCAUGCCUGCACUUUGUGCGUGGUGAAGGAAUUUCUGGCAAAAAAAAUAACAUAAUAACUGUACAACCCAACAGUGGCCACUUUAUCUUCAACUUCUCAUUACCAUUCUCAACAAUUUCUUACUCACGAAGAAAGCAAGAGACAGCAACCAAAACUCAAUAGGCCUCAUUCCACUCAGCACAAUUUCCUAAAACAAUUCCAUUGCUCCCCAAAGAAAUCACUCUGCACAUAACACCAAAACAACGCAUCCAACGAAACAACAUUCACCUCCGAAAUUGCAUCAAACAACCUCCUGCAAUCCCCAAACUCCCCAUUUCGAAUACAUAACAACCCAAGUAUCAAGUUUUCACUUUCGGUCCUCAAAAAUACAAACUAAAACAUAAUUAUCUCUAGAGAAAUACUACGUCAAUGAUCAAAACUACAACUAAUUACUAUGUCCAACAGCUUUUCCUCCAAUUUUCAAAUUUGUAGAGAGUCCCAGAGUCAAGUUCACAACAGUUCAUUUGGAAAACGCUACACCAAAUGCUCAUAUUCAUAGCUUGCAGUAAAGCUAGAAACACCAAAUGUGCUCAUUUGAUGAUGCAGUAUUCUAUAAUCAAUCGCAGUUCAGGUAGGGCUAAAUACAAUAGUGAAAGCAGUGAUCAUAGGCAAAAUGGUGGCUCAAUUUUCAGAAACAGUGACAAUAAAGAAAAUACAAACCUGGAAACCCGAAGACCCUUCUUCCUUCUUAUCUCUGGAAUUGGGUUCUUAGGUCUCUAUAAGACUUGGGCUCUUCAAUUGGGUUAUCGGGUCUCUGUGACCGUGAUGUCAGCUGGGAGUUGGUCUAUGUCUAUCUCGGAGCUGGAAGCACCGAAGACAGCGAACCCGAAGUUUCUGUCU